AUGUCCAGUCUUCUUGUGGGCUGGAUAGCCUUUGGUCUGAUCCUGGCUCCUUUCAUUGCAGGGGUUUUCCAGGGCCCAGACGUGUGCUGUCGAGAACACGACCAGUGUGAAGCUCAGAUCCAUGGCUUGGAAUACAAGUAUGGGAUGCGGAAUUACCGGUUGCACACCAUCUCUCACUGCGACUGCGAUGCCCGGUUCAGGCAGUGCCUGAUGACUCUCAAUGACACCAUCUCGAACUUUAUUGGCAUCAGUUUCUUCAACCUGCUGGAAGUCCCUUGCUUUGUCCUGGAGGAGAGUGAAGAGUGUGUGGAGUGGCACUGGUGGAGCGGGUGA